ACCUAGCAACCAGAUACACCAUACCCCUACCAGCUUAGCCCUGGUUGUGAAGGUUAGCUUCUAUGUAAAUUGAGGCUGGCCUAAAAAGUUUAGUUUUAUAGUAGAAAAUGGUUAAACAAACGAUACAGAUAUUCGGUCGAAUUAAGCCCACGAAUAAAACUGCGGCGGUGUACUCUGUGAACCACGAGAAGGAAACGGGUGCCUCUCUGGAGUUUUUGGUGCCCAGGGACCUGGCUGAUGGCGUUGUUAAUCACAAGAGGGAAAGCUACAAGUUUAGGUUCCAAAAAGUGUUUGAACAGCACAUUAAACAAGAAGUAAUAUUUGAAGAAAUUGCCAAACCAGUUGCAGAAAGUGUAUUGGCUGGCUACAAUGGCACCAUAUUUGCUUAUGGUCAGACGGGAAGUGGGAAAACAUUCACCAUCACUGGAGGAGCUGAGCGCUAUGCAGAUCGUGGUAUUAUACCUCGCACCCUGUCCUACCUGUACGAACGCUUCAACCAGGAGAGCAGUAUGAAGUACACCGUGCACAUUUCCUACCUGGAAAUUUACAACGAGGUGGGAUAUGACCUUCUGGAUUCCCAAUCUGAGGCGUCGCGACUGGAGGACCUACCGAAAGUGAUGAUUAUGGAAGAUACAGAACAGAACAUCCAUCUCAAGAAUUUGUCUGUGCAGCAGUCUGGUAAUGUAGAGGAGGCUCUCAAUCUGCUUUUCCUGGGUGACACCAAUCGUAUGAUUGCUGAAACCCCCAUGAACCAGGCCUCCACUCGUUCGCACUGUGUUUUCACCAUACAUCUGUGCAGGCGUGAACCCGGCUCGGCUACCCUGCGCAGGUCCAAACUGCACUUGGUGGACCUGGCUGGGUCAGAUCGAGUCAGUAAGACGGGCCUGCAUGGGCAGCUGCUCACUGAGGCAAAGUACAUCAACCUGUCACUCCACUAUCUAGAGCAGGUGAUAAUAGCAUUGUCAGAGAAGAAUCGUUCCCAUAUUCCAUACAGAAACUCCAUGUUAACAUCAGUGCUGAGGGACAGCCUUGGGGGCAACUGCAUGACCACCAUGAUCGCCACCAUGGCGGUCGACCAACGGAAUCUAGAUGAGUCGAUCUCUACUUGCCGCUUUGCUCAGCGUGUGGCUCUCAUCAAGAACGAGGCCAUAUUGAACGAAGAAUUGGAUCCUACACUGCUUAUUGCACGUUUGAGAAGAGAGAUCCAGUUCCUGAAUGAAGAGCUGGCACUUGUGACAGGAGAGCAGAGACAGGAGCAACUAACCGCAGAGGAGAUACAAAAGUUGGACGAGUUAGUCAAAGCCUUUCUGAAUGAUCCAGAUCCAGAUGUGCCUCUCUCCCUGGGACCUGACAUGAGAAAGAUACAGCACUGUUUCUUCCUGAUGAAGUCAAUGAUUUUGGCCAAAAAAGGUGCCGAAACUGGACACAAUGAUCAACGACCGUUACCAACAGGAAGUAGAGAAAACUCCCAAAUCAGCAAUUCCAGUUCAGCAGCAGAACUGACUAAACUGAAAGAAAUGCUUAAACAACGUGACAAUGAGAUCAGUAUCCUUGUGAAAAUGCUGAGGAAAGAAACGAAAAAAGCAGAUGAUGCCAUCGCACGUCUUGCUUACCUUCCUGAUACCUUGUUGUCGUCGAGCACACAUCCUGUUUCACAGCCUAAAGAAACAAAGAUGGGGACAUUUUUCAAAAACUAUGGAGGGCAAGGAUUCACAAGGCUUCACUUGAGGAGAGGAAAUAAAACUUCAGCAGGAUACCAUAGUGAAAGAAUGUUUAGAAUGCCACAGUUGAGAGUAGGAAAGGCUGACAUUUCUGCCUCAUGCCAUGCAUGUCAACCAUAUCCAGUGCUUCAGAAUAAUGAAGGAAAUAAUAAGACCUUUACUAAGGAUCAUAGCGGAAAGGUUUCCACAGCGCCGCAGUUGGAAGAUCAAAAUGUGGACACCUUACCAACAAACCAAAGAGAAGAAGUGUGCUCAGGCCCUUGGUUUAGCGAAGGAAACCCAAACAGCUUUGGAGUGGACCGGGAAGGCCAAGCAUCAACAGCAGUUCAGUUAAAAGUGGAAAACAUGGUAACUCUGCAGGCAGAGGACCAGAAAGUGUCCACAAUGCCACAGUGUAGAGAGGAAAACAUGGAAACGGUUCCAGUGGAACGAGGACGAGCUGGGCAGUGUAUGAAAGAAGGUUCAAAGUUGUCAGUGGGAAAACGAGAAGCGUUUCAGUUAUUCAUAAGAGAUCACGAGGAACAUCAAACCAUUGAAGAGAAUAGGAAUAUACUCAAAGAAAGAUUUGCUGAGUCCAGAAGACAUGGAGAACAACUAAAUGAAGCCAAAAAAAGAAUCACUGAAUUGAAGAAGCAGUUGGAGACACGGAGGAGACAAAGAGCAGCUCAUGCUGUGACGGGGAAUGAUACACAGGACAAGGAGGAGAACGAUCCCCUGGAAGAAAGACUCUGCAAACAAAUUAAGCAAGAGAAAGUGAACUACAACAGCAACCUUGGCUGCCUAAAGGCUCUGAACACAGAGAUCGAGCAUCUGCAGCUAUUGAUGGACAGGGUGAAGUUCAAGAUCCAGCAGGAUUUCCAGAAGUGGUGGAGUCAGGAGACUUUGAGUCUGCAGGAAUCUGAGUCGGAGCCUGAAGCCUCUGCGUAUCAAAAUGAAACCUUGCAACCAUCUUCACCUGGCACUCCAGGAUUUUGCGCUCCUGAUCUAAGCAGCACAAUGAAGGAGUCUCCGUCAAAGCAGGACACAAAUCUGGACAGUUCAGUCUCUUCUGCUCCUGAUCUGAGCUGUCUUGAACCCAUAGACAAACUUCCAGCACCAGUUUGGUCAACCUGGAACAAGUCCCAAGAGGAGAGUACAGAUUCAUGCUGGAGGGACCUUUCCACAACACUCACGUCUUCUUCAAUUCUACUGACUGGAGAUAAGGAAGUUGAUUCCGACAUCCUGGCCUUUGUUAUGGCCCGGAAAAAUCUCCUCAGCAGGAUAGGAUCCCAUAAAGAUGUGAAGUGAAGUUCUAACGAGGAGCCAGAUCAUCACUUCCUGGCAAACAAAUGGCCUGGGAAUUUGUACUGCCACAGACCACUCAUGCUUUCUUAUUCUGGACAGCAGCAUAAACCACAGACUGUGUCAAACAUUUGAUCUAAACCCUUCUACUGUAAAACAACAGAGAAAAGGCAUAAGAAUUACCAGAAAAGAGUGGCAGUAUUUGUUGAAAUCUUGCGAAACUUUUUAAUUGGUGACAUGAUGUUUCAACAUUUAGAAAGAAGUGCUUUUUAUAUUUCCAGCUGAGCUCGCUCUAUUAAUUUUUAUGUAAGUUAAUAUAAAACUAUGGGAUGUAGUGUGAAUAAUAAAGCUUUUCAUUGCUUUGCCCAAACAAUUAAGGCAAAAUGCAACUGUAAGGUCCUGA